CCAGAGUGCACGCGUGUCCGUAUCUCGCUCGUCCGUGCCGUCGAGUUGUUGCGAGAUUCGAAGUUUUUCGUGUUGUGCGAGCAGCAGCAGCAGCAGCAGCGUGAUUAACGCUGCGCCCUACAAUCGUGUGUUUUUACCUUAUAUGACACGGUGUACUGGUGUGCGGUGUUGUGUGUGGCCACAACGCACCUGAUUUAUCAACUGUUUUUCCGUGGAAAUCAUCGUGGAACCGGAAGAAGUGUGACAACGGUGUGACUGCGUCAGGGUCUGCACCGUAGUGGAAACGAACGUAGCCAUAGCCCCCCUAGCCCAAUGGUCCAAGUGAUUCGGUGCUGGUAACUUGUGUCUCUACUCGGCUCGGUGUCUGAUCAUCAGUCAGGAGACCCCGCUUUUGUUUCGGGCUCUGUGUAGUGAGAAGCAGCAGCAAAGCAGCACCCACCGAGUGCCAAGAGUGCAUGUCACCGUUUCCCGCGCGAUCAUCGUCCUGGCGAAUGCCGCCAAUCUCCCGAUGUGUAUCAUAGAACACCCACAUCAUACUCAUUCGGCACUAAAAAUGGGUCAAGAUAUGGAAACAACGGCAGCGACAGCAGCAGCGGUUGCAGUGGCUACAGCCACUCUCAAUGGCAGCCAUUCCUCCAGCUCCAGUAGCAGUAACAACAGUAUCAUCACCUCUAGCGGUCCCGUCACGACGCUGUGUGGCAACAAGCGCAAAUAUGAAGAAAUCUCCACCAACAGCAGCAGCAGCAGCAGCAGCAGCAGCAACAGCAGUACUACUAGCAAUGGGGUGGCCACCACCAUAACGUCUGAUAGUGAAAUGCUAGUAGAUGUCGUGUUGUAUGAUCAAGGAUCAUCCGAGCAGGAGACACCGAAGAGUGAUUCUUCUCUACCUAUGGAAGCAUCGAGUGAAGACGGCAUUAAGGCCUGCAAGAGUCCUAGGUACGAGAGCGAGGAAGAAGUAAAAGAUGAGCAACCAGGCACCGAAGGCCAGCGGACGCCGGAAGAUCCCGAAAUGGCACUAACAGGUGCUUCUCCUUCGGAUGAUCAGGAGGCACCGUUAAGUAGUAGCACCAGUAGUAGUAGUAGCAGCAGCAGCAGCAGCGGUGAAAGCAAUAGUACAAUUAAUGCCACAACGACGACGACCACCACCCCUACCAGCAGCAGCAGCAGCAGCAGUCCUAGUGAAGAUAGUAGUGCAAGAAGUAACGUUAGCAUCAGCAGCCCUAGCAGUAGUAGUCCCUUCAUCACAGCGUCACCGACGACUAUCACCAGCAGCAGUAGUAGCAGCCCGAUCCUGCCAAUGGCAACGACUGUGCCGCUGCAGGAGGAGAAUGCCAUCGCAAAGCUAGAAGCGGUCGUCGUGCCGGGCGAGACGGGCUGGAACUGUGAACCGAUCGUGGAUAGCAUUAGCAAGCUGCAGGCGGUGGCCGUACCGGGCGAAACGUGGGGUGGAAGUGGUGGCAGCGGUGCGGACAGUACACGAUCGACGCUAGCCACUACGCUGCUCGUCGCGGACGAUCUCGACGAUGAUGAUGACGAUUUCGAGGAUGAUUUCGAUGAUGACGAAACGAUCCUUCCCGGGUACUCGACGAUGCGCUAUCCCUGCUCACCGAACCGGGGUACCGGUGGUGGACCGGUCGCGGGUCCCGGUGUCGUCAAUGGCUACAUCACUCCGGCCUAUCCGAAGCCGGGUUACUUCCCUGAGCAGCCGUACCAAAAUUGUGCUCGAACAGGCGCUGCCAACAAUGGCGCUCAGCAGUACGCCAAUCGGGGAUACGGAUGGCCACAGCAUGGCUAUUACUCACCGCCGUACGAACCGCCCACCUCACAGCAAACCAUUCGAUGUGCGGAGAAUGGAAAGAGCUACUUCGAGCUCGGUUCUGCCAACUACAGCAGCGGUGGUGGUCCCGGCUCUGCUAAUCCAUCCCUGGUGGCAACUCAGCAGCAGCAGCAACAACAGCACCAGCAGCAGCAUCAGCAGCAGCAACAGCAGCAACCACCACAACCGUCGCAUCCGUUCGGUGGUCCAGUGCUAAUGGGACCAGGACCCGGACCGAGACAUCAUCUGAAGCGAUGCUGUGAUGGCCGCAACAUGUCCUGCACGAACAAGCAGUGCUACAAGGAGCGACGGAUGAAGAUGAUGAAUCUGUCCAUGUUCAAGCUUGCCCGCUUCCGACAGGCCUCUGAUCAGUCGCUGUAUCGGUCGGUGCUGAUCUGCAACACCCUUAAAUCGAUCGAGCGUGAGAUCGAUAACGAAAACAAGGAAUUUAACCAUCAACAGCACCAGCAGCAUCAGCAGCACCUACAGCAGCAACAGCAGCAGCAGCACCAACAGCAGCAGCACCAUCAUCACUAUCAUCUUCAACAGCAACAGCAUCAGCAACAGCAGCAGCAACAGCAACAGCAUCCUGGUGCAGGUAUGCAUCAUCAGCAUCCGUCACUAUCAGCUCCUCAGCCAGCCGUACCAGUAGGCGCAUCGGCAACAAACAAUCAGCCGACUCCA